AGAAUUUACGACAGAAUGCUGCUACGACAACUAACGGUUUACGGCAUGCCAUGCGUACUUGUUAACCAAAUAGCUAAAGCUGUGAAUACUGAGGUUAAAUUCCGUAAAACUAGGCCGAACUGUAUCACGUUUUAUUGCUUUAUUCUGUGCCAAUGGAUGUAGGAGAACUCCUGAAUUACCAGCCUGACAGAGGUGCAAAGCGACCUAGGCAGGAUAAUGGAGGAGCAACAGGAGGAGACGAGGACCCAAGAGGAGUCAAACAGAUGAAAGGGCAAGGCUCCAGGGAGUCAUCGAGAUACCGGGAUGUUGUAGCAGGAAUCGGAGGUGAAGGAGGCAUUGAAAACAGGGACAACAAUGAGCUUGAGGACAAAAAGAAGAUUUUAGACAAACUGAUGGAUGAAGAUGAAGAGGAACCAGAGAUGGAGCCAGUGGACGAGAGCUCAGUGAAGAAAAUGAUCCUGACCUUUGAGAAAAGAUCCUACAAAAACCAGGAGCUGAGAAUAAAGUUUCCAGAUAAUCCAGAGAAGUUCAUGGAGUCGGAGCUGGAUUUGAACGACAUCAUCCAAGAAAUGCAUGUCAUCGCCACAAUGCCUGAUCUGUACCAUCUGCUUGUGGAGCUGAAUUCGGUCCAUUCUCUGCUGGGUCUCCUCAGUCAUGAAAACACUGAUGUUGCCAUUGCAGUGGUGGACCUCCUGCAGGAGCUGACAGAUAUUGACACUCUCCAUGAGAGCGAGGAGGGAGCUGAGGUGCUCAUAGAUGCUCUGCUGGAGGGUCAGGUCGUUGCUCUGUUGGUGCAGAAUAUGGAGAGGCUGGAUGAACAGGUGAAAGAAGAGGCCGAUGGAAUUCACAACACACUGGCCAUUAUUGAAAACAUGGCAGAGUUCAGACCAGGUCUUUGUGCCGAGGCGGCCCAGCAGGGACUCAUGCAGUGGCUGCUAAAGCGAAUUAAGGCAAAGAUGCCUUUUGAUUCCAAUAAACUCUACUGCAGUGAAAUUCUAGCAAUACUGCUACAGAACAACGACAACACCAGAGAACUGUUGGGUGAGAUGGAAGGCAUUGAUGUGUUGCUGCAGCAACUAUCUGUGUUCAAGCGUCACAACCCUUCCACCGCUGAGGAGCAGGAGAUGAUGGAGAAUCUCUUUGAUGCCCUGUGCUCCUGUCUCAUGCUGGCCUCUAAUCGGGAUCGCUUUCUCAAAGGAGAAGGGCUUCAACUGAUGAACCUGAUGCUGAGGGAAAAGAAAAUGUCCCGCACCAGUGCUCUGAAGGUGCUGGACCAUGCCAUGAUUGGACCAGAGGGAGCAGACAACUGCCAUAAGUUUGUGGACAUUCUAGGCUUGAGAACUGUUUUCCCACUCUUCAUGAAAACCCCCAAGAAGACGAAGAAAGUGGGGGCUUCUGAGAAAGAGCAUGAAGAGCACGUCUCCUCAAUCAUCGCCUCAAUGCUGAGGAAUCUCAAGUCCCAACAGAGGAGCAGGCUCCUCACCAAGUUCACGGAGAAUGACUGUGAGAAGGUUGAUCGACUGAUGGAGUUGCAUUUUAAGUAUCUGGAAGCUGUUCAAGCUGCUGACAAGAGGAUCGAAGGAGAGAAACAUGAGAUGGUCCGUCGUGGGGAGAUUCUGGACGACAGCAUGGAGGACGAGUUCUACCUUCGACGUCUGGACGCAGGACUGUUUGUUCUCCAGUUGAUCUGCUACAUCAUGGUGGAGAUUAGCAACUCUGGAAUCUCACAGCUGCAACAAAGAGUCCAUCAGAUUCUCAACCUGAGGGGAGGCUCAGUAAAAAUAGUGCGGCACAUAAUGAGAGAGUAUGCAGAGAGCAUUGGGGAUGGGAAGAGCGAUGAGUUCAAAGAGGCCGAACAGAAGAGAAUCAUGGACCUGAUGGACAACUUCUAAUGGCAUGUCCUCUGACACCUCCAAAAAAAAAAAAAAAAAACGAAAUUCUG